AUGGAGUCAGACAUAAAAGUGAAUGAGGAUUUUAAAAGCCAGUUUAAGGCUUAUCAAGAACAACAGGAGAAGCGGCUGCAAAACCUGGUGGAGAGGAAGAAGAAGCAGCAGAAGAGUCAGAAGGGGGAUGAUGGCAGUGCAAAGGAGACUUCCAGAGUCCCAGAUGAUCUAGCCCUGUCUGAAGCAGGGCAGCCUGUGAAUGAAGAUGGCAGCAAAAGGUUGCUUGAGGCUGAGAAGGAGCAGCUGCAGGAUCAGCUUCAAGAGGUCCAGGAUGAGAACUGCAGACUGUACAAACUGAUGGCAGAGAAAGAUUUUGAAAUCAAGCAGCUCCAGAAGAAAAUACAGGAGGACAGAUUGGCUUUGUCAGGGGCCUCUGGUUUAGCUGGAGAUGUUGCAGCUGCUAAAAUAGUUGAACUGGCCAAAAAGAAUCGUGAGAUAACUGCUGAGACUGAGAGUGAAAGAGCCAAAGUGAAGCAGCUGAAUAACAAAGUCAAGGAGCUGGAGAGAGAACUACAGACAGCCCUGGAUAAAAUCCACUCUCUUGGUGGUGGUGAUGCAGGAAUCAGCCAAUCAACUCUGAAGAUGAUAGAAGAAAACUUGGCUGAAAGCCCAGAGGUGAAAGCACUGCAAGAAAAACUGACCACAGCCAACUUCAAAGUGCUGGAGUAUCGUAACCAGCUCCAGACUGCCAGACAGGAGCUGAAGAUGGCCCAGAAGCUCUUGGCCAGUGAAGCUGGUGAAGAUGUGAAUGUUCAAAGUCUCUUGGCCAAUCCUGGCAGCUGGCGUGGGCGAGCCCAGCAAAUCCUUGUUCUCCAGAGCAAGGUUCGAGAGCUGGAGAGUCGUCUGAGUCAGGACAAGAGCAGCAGGGAGGGGGCUGAGGAGCUGCUGGAGCUGAGUGACCCAAGGAAGCUCUCAGCCCAGGAGAGGAACUUCUCCAAGAUUCGCAGCUUGGAGAAAGAAAAGAAGGAAACUUUAGAGAAACUCUCUGGGGAACAUGAUGCUCUCCAAAAAAGCCAUGAAGAAGUGAAGAAAAAACUGGAGGCAUCAAAAGCCAGGAACAAAGUACUGUGCAGUGAAGUGAAAACCCUGAAGGGACAGAUUACAACCUUGCUGGAGAAAGGAAAGCAUGAUGAUGAGCUCAUAGAUGCCUUACUGAGCCAGCAGAAGCAAAUGCAGGAGAUCUUAAAGCACCUGAGCCAGCAGGAUGAGAAGAACAAGGAGUCCCAGCAGAUGCUGGGGCAGCACUUGAACAGUGAGGUUCAGAAACAAAACUGCCUCAUAGAGCAGCUCAGACAGCUGCUGGCCCAACGAGAAGCAAAGGUCAAAGAGCUGGAAGAGGAGAUUGGGCAGCUCAGACUUCAGAAGAAAUCUGCCCAUCAAGGGGAGGACAGUUCAGGAGCUGCUGCUUCACCCCCUUCAGAGCACUCAGAAGAUCCAGGUUUCACUCUGCUGAAUCCUUUGCCAUCAGGCAGCAAUCAGGUUGGAAGGAUUGGAUCUGCUUGCACAGUGUCCAGCAUGGGCCACACUCUUGUAGAGUCAGCAGCUACCAAGCCUUCCCUUCUUGAGAGGGACAUCUCACCUGGAAGGCUGGCCGGCAGGGACAGCCCAGAUGUGCCCAGACAGAGCAGAGAGCACAGGGCUCUCUGCCAGGCUGCUGAGCUGGAGAGGGACAGGCUGCUGGAGCUGCUCACCGUGCUGCAGAGGAGGGUGGAGGAAGGCACCAAUAAAGUCUUGGAAGCUGAGAAGAAGCUUCAGGAAGAGCGACGGCGGCGUGGCCUCGUGGAACAGCAGCUUGAAAAACUGCAGGUGGAUGCAGGGAGGACCACAAGUGCACAGAAACCUCCCCUGAGGGGCAGAGCAGGCCAGGCCACCAGUCACUGGAGACUCACCUUGAAUGGGGGUGACAAGAAGGAGCUCCCUGCAGCCCAGCUCUCCAAGCUGCCCCUGGAGUCACAGAUAGAGGAGCUGAGCACAAGGCUUGGCAUCCAGCUGGAUGAGAAUGAAGCUCUGAAGGCUGCUUUGGAGGCUACUGUGAGAAAGAAAGAGGAAGACUUUCAACUCUACCAGGACACAAUGGAGCAAAUGAAGGCUAUCUUCUUACAGGCCAUUCAGCAGCAGAAACAAGAGAGGAGUUAA